AUGGCUUCAUCAUCAACCAUCUCGACUCCCCAGUCCUCAAAUGACCUACCUAGACUCCCAGCCGAGAUCUGGGCUCGCAUUUUCGAUGAUCUUGAAUUACCAGAGAAUUUCCAGUCCUUGAUCUCUGCUUCUCCCACCGCCCUUGAUUAUUUUCAAGAGGACAAGAGCCGUAUCCUACGCCCGUUUGUGGAUAGAAUCAACGAUCACAUCGACACUGACAUCAUUCCUAUUCUGCUAUCCUCAUUCAGAGUCACAAAACUGCUGUUCAAAACACCGGGCCUUGCCUUGCCACAAAUCGGAGAUGAACUUUCAGCGUUUCUGAAUCCUCUUUUCAGACCUAACACUCCAAACCCCUUUCAGCAAUGGGAUUAG